AUGAACAAACAAACCAAUAGAUUCGACCACACUCUCCAGCUAUUCUCCCAAUAUAGCAAUUCGACGCCGACGUUCCACGUCAGAAACGAUCCACAGCAGGUGACAGUACCACAACGAUACGAAUAUCGUUUUACAAUCGACAAACUCCAACCUGCCAAUACGCAGCUCUAUCCUCGUAAGGCUCCUUGGUUCGACUAUGCUUGUGAAUUAGCUAAGAAAAGUGUUAAAAGACUGGAGAAAGCCUAUAAGUGUUACAACAUUUCUUUCAUCUUCAUCAGAAAGAUUUGCAUUCUAUUCCUUAUAGUGCCGCAGUUACUACCAAAGAAGUCGUCCAGUUCUGGGACAAGGCACGCAUUCCAAUUUACUACCCAUGAUUUGACAUCUAUUGGCCACUUCUACACUUUUGUACUGAAGGUGUACAUAAAGUCCUGGUUUACCUCUCCAUGUGCUUCAUCUGCUCCAAACAAUGACUUGCUGCUGCUUCGAGAGUUAGAAAACUACAAGAAAACAAAUAAAGCUGUUGCUAAUGCUGCGUUGAAGUCAUACUCUGGUCAUUUAUGGUACUUGAAUAAUGUAUUGAUCGGCUUAGCAUUCUUUGACUCGGAAGUCUCAUCUGCGACGAAAUCAGCCAUGUUUAAAAGCUGUCACGAUGCCGCCGAGAGAGGAGUGGCCUUAAUUCAGGAGUUCAACAGAGUUUUAACAAAUGGCGAAGACCAAUUGCAGUAUUUGUUCCAAGUGAUAGAGAAACAUCGCAAAGACUUCCCAAAUCCAAAGAAGUCUACCAUUAUUGCUGCGAGAAGAAAGUAA